AAUGUGCUCCGUUCAAGCCGCUUCCCUGUGGCCACUGCUGCCAAUCUUUUGGCUUGUGGCAGGCUCCAACUGGGCAACGGCUGCGUCCCUGGAAGGGACACUGCAGCAGAUACCGAAGCUGAAUCUGACGCAAGUGCAGCUCAUAGCGAACAACGCCAGCCUCAGGUGCAGCCUCAUUCCGGAGCUGUGCGACUGGCAGCUACAGCUGUACUCGGGCCACCCUUUUAGUGUUCCAUUAUCCUUCGGGGAGUCUAUGGUCAGCACCACCACCCAAGCGCCCAAAGAUGUUGUUGCUGCUUCCACGCCCACAGAAGAGGUAUUUUCGCUGCCGUCACUGCUGCUUGUGGCCCAAGUUGAACCCAAGCCGCGGCGGGAGAAGCGCAGGAAAAGAAAGCUCCGGCGACGACCAACUUUCGGCUUCUUAAGUAAAAAGCGAUUUGUUUGGCUUUACUUUCAAUAA